AUGUUUUUCAGUCGAGAGCCAAGAUUCACACCAAAGGAUUUACCAGACCUGUCGCACCUGGUGAUCCUCGUCACAGGUGGAAACAAUGGUAUUGGUAAAGAGAGUAUCCUGGCCUUCUGUAGGAAGGGCGCAAAGGUCUACAUGGCUGCCAGGACAGAAUCAAAAGCUCUUGCCGCAAUUCAAGAUAUCAAAUCAAAAGUCCCCACCGCAAAAGUCGAGUUCAUCGAGAUGGACCUCAGCUCUUUCUCUUCUGUCAAGAAGGGCGCCGACGACUUCCUUAGCAAGGAAACAAAGCUCCAUGUCCUGCUCAACAACGCCGGCGUCAUGUGUCUCCCAUACUCCAAGACCGCUGAAGGUUUUGAGAUCCAAUUCGGCACAAACCACAUGGGCCACUUCCUCCUCACAAAGUUACUCCUCCCCAUACUUAUCUCGACUGCAAAGGCCUGCGACCCUGGUACAGUGCGUGUCGUCAAUGUCUCCUCCCUCGCGCAUAAUAAAACCGAAACUAUCACCUUCGACGACAUGCACGACGAGAAUGGGCCUAUCUGGCGCCGUUAUGGUGUUUCUAAACUGGCAAACGUGCUGCAUGCCAAAGCACUCUCAAAGAGAGCAAAGGAGCAUGGCAUCAUCGCGGUGUCACUCCACCCAGGGAUCAUCAACUCAGGACUGUGGGAGAAUAUGUCAGGGAUCACAUCAGCAUUGUGGGGGAUUGCAAAGUACUUUUUCACAACGCCAGAGGUCGGAGCGUAUACCAAUGUUUUCUGUUCAGCGUCGCCAAAGGUGACGAUGGAGGAUACUGGGGAUUAUUAUGUCCCAGUGGGAGUGAAGGGCGCAGGGAAGAUACAUAUACCGAGUCGGGCGGCGAGAGAUGACGAGCUGGCAGAGAAGCUGUGGGAGUGGUCUGAGACGGAGGUGGCGAAGCAUGGGUAUUAG